UAACGUUGGUUCUAAGCAAAAUGCGUCAGUGGUUUGAGCUCUUAAUCUGUUGAGUCUAACUUUUAAAACACAUGUUGUAUGCAAUAUGAUGGGAUGUUUUUGUGAUGUGUGUGUGCAUUAAUAAGAUAGACAGAAAUCACAACACAUCUUUUGAAGCGACCAACUUUGGUCACUUUGAACGAGUAACGGAACCUAAUGAUGAGACCUCCGUUUAAUGACAUGUGAUUCUUAACUUGACUGUUUCACAUUAUUCAUUAUCAUAAUGAUCGCUUUGGGAAUUGCAUGUUUUUGCAUAGAGACAUUUCUGUUGGCAUAGGCUACAGACAUUUCUGAUACGCACAAUCUAUUGGUCAAUACACAACACCAAUAACUAUCAUACAAAUACUCCCCACAACUGUCACUGUCUUUAACGUAACCAGAUAACCAUAGAGUGGCUUAAUUUGAACCUCUGACGGAUGUAAGAGUUUCAGUCACUGAUGUUUGCGCUGUCAGAGAACACACCAAGUGUUCAGUGAACUUUGGCCAGCUGUAGACUUUUUGCAGAAAGUCUACAGCUGCAGAAUAAAUGUUGGGUUGGCCCUGUAUGCCAGAGUAGAAACUUUUCUUGCUGGAUGAUUAUUGUGGCUCAACUCUGACUGACACAUUGCCAUUUCUUUUGUACUGCAAUUCCCAUUCCCCCCUCCCCCCAAACCAUUCAUGCUUGACUAAAGCAGCCCUAUAUGUUUUUCUUUCUUUACUUCUAAUACGCAUUCUAGUGGGACAAAGUGCUCCUCUAAAGGCCUGUUGUUCGAGGGGCAAUUUAUAUCUUCACCAGCUGUUCAGAAGAAGUGGUGCAAAAUCAAUCAGCCGCACCUCAAAAGUCCCAUCUAUUAGUUCCUUGACCCCCUCGACCCCUAGACUCGGUUCAGAUAGAUGUUCUAUCAAAGGACUGAAUGGAACUUUCUUGCUGGUGGUCUGAAAGGGAAGCGCCUGGAUGCGUGCAUCCACCAGGCUCUGGAGGGAGAAGGGGGACUGGCUGGCAGCACAGCGCAGCUUCCUCCCUCUAUAGUCUUUGGUAUGCGACACAUGGCACUGUGGUGGCUCCCACCUUCUUCGCUGCAAAUUACACUGUUUGGUUUACAGAACGCCAGAAUGGCUUUUAACACUUUGAGAACAGGUGAAAGCACCCUCACGUUGGUUGCCAUAAAUCCGUUUGUAUUCCGAAAUGCCAGUCCAUUUUUAAAGUUUUUUUAGUUGGGAUUUGUGACCAACCUCCCCAGACCUGUUGCUGGUUGAACUUAAAUAAGUUUGAUGUUGCGCAAAGGAAGCUAGGGUUACACACGGGCAGUGGGGGGUUAACAGGACUCCGGCGCGUCCUCCGGCUUCAGAGGGAAUCGUGUGUAAGUCAUUAAGCACAUCAGGAACCCUGGAGAGCUCAAAACAGUGGCGUGUUUUUUUAUUUUUCUUUCUAGCGUUGUUAAAUGUCGCCAAGCCCCAAGCAGUUCCAAGUUGCACUCCUUCCUGGCUGUGAUGGUUCUUUAAAUAGGUCCGCUCCAAUUUUAUCGAAAUGCCUGGUCUCUAAAUUUAACAGCGCUCUCCUUCCCAGUCUCAGCACUGUAGGGCACCAUGGAGGACCGCUUAAUGCUAAAAAACCUAAAGUCUGGACUUGUUGUUUGCCAUUUGAAAUGGUCUUUGCCAUCUCUUCUUGCCAGCUUCAGAGGCCUGAGGACCAUGCCAGAGGGGCGUCCUAGUGCUCUCCACCGGGACCCAAUGGGGGAAGAAUGUGCUCAGCUGCGCUCGCCUCUCUCCGCCUGCGUACACCCUCCGCCCUGCGCGGACCCCCACCCGUACGGUCACCCGCGCCUCUGCAGGGCCCCCAGGGAGGGGCCCGGCCGGAGGCCCGUGAGCCUGGUGUCCACCCUGUCGUCAGACUCGUCCCGGGACGGCCUCAGCCUCUUCGGGAGCACGGCGACCCUCCAGCCUCCCUCCUCCUCCUCCACCACCCCCCCGCCGUGCCCCAGCGAGGAGGACGUGGACCUCCGGCUGAGCCCCAGCCAGGGCAACGGCGUGCAGGGAAGGCGGCAGAGCCCAUGCCGGGGGGCCCCCUGGGGCCAGUGGGCUGAGCAGCGGGAGGGGGUGGUUCUGGGCUCCCAGAGGAACUAUUGCCACGCAGAGAGGACCUGCGGUCGAGGAGGAGUAGGAGUAGGAGGGCCAUCUUACAGCCAAUCGUCGCCGGUCGCCGCAGACGCCAUGGCGCCCAACCCCGAGCUGUCCUACGUGGACCGCGUCGUCAUGGAGAUCAUCGAGACGGAACGCAUGUAUGUGCGGGACCUCCGUAGCAUCGUGGAGGAUUAUUUGGCUCAGAUCAUCGACGCAGGAGACCUUCCCAUACUCCCAGAGCAAGUCUGUGCCCUCUUUGGAAACAUAGACGAUAUCUAUGUGUUCAACAGUGAGCUGCUGCAGUCCUUGGACCUCUGUGAGAACGAUCCAGUGGCCAUCGCCAGGUGUUUUGUUGACAAGAGUGAAUACUUUGUAAUCUACACACAGUACUGCACCAACUACCCCAACUCCGUGGUGGCCCUCACAGACUGCAUGAGGAGCAAGACCCUGGCCAAGUUCUUCAGGGACCGCCAGGCUUCCCUGAAGCGCUCGCUCCCCCUCGGCUCCUACCUGCUCAAGCCAGUCCAGCGAAUCCUCAAGUACCACCUGCUGCUGGAGGAAAUCGCCCGGCACUAUGACCCCGAGGAGAUUGGCUACGAGGUCAUCCAGGAGGCCAUCGACACCAUGACCGGCGUGGCCUGGUACAUCAAUGAUAUGAAGAGGAAGCAUGAGCACGCAGUCCGACUGCAGGAGAUCCAGUCUCUUCUGAUCAACUGGAAGGGCACGGACCUCACCACCUACGGAGAGCUGGUGCUGGAGGGGAGCUUUCAUGUGCCGCGAGCCAAGAACAGCCGGACCCUCUUCCUGUUCCAGAGGACGCUGCUCAUUACCAAGAAGAGAGGGGAGCACUAUGUCUACAAGAUCGACAUCUCGUGCUCCACCCUGAUGCUGCUGGACAGCGCUAAGGACCCCCUGACCUUCAGCGUCAUCCACUUCAAGCACCCCAAGCAGCUCCACACUGUGCAGGCCAAGUCCGUGGAGGAGAAGCGCCUCUGGGCAAGCCACAUCAGGAGGCUCAUUCUGGAGAACCACAACACCAUUCCAAAGACGGCCCAAGAAACGUUCCUGGAAAUGGAUUCCGUGUGUGCUGGGAGGUACCGCUACAGCCCUGAGAGGCAGAAUAAAGUGGGGUCCUACCAGGCGGACGACUUUGCGGUCGCGGGGAGACCGGAGCGCAGGAGAUCAGAGCCUGCUAAGCAAAUCGUAAGGAGCACGAAAGCAUUUUUGAAGCACGCAGACAGUGAGGGCACCCUGCUCGGGGACUUGUGCUCCCUGCAGCCUGCUUCUAGUGUCAGUACGCUGGCCUCCAGUGUAGGCGAGCCCCAGGCUGAGGGCCCUGGUGUGGAGGAGGAGGAUGUUGAGGAGCACAGCCCCAAAAGGCACUCUCUGGAGCAGCUGUGUCCUAGUGACGUUGAUCCUAAACUGGGCUCAGCGCCCAGCGAGCGAGGGCUGGAGGAGAAGGCGCAGCGUCAGCGGGAGGAGGAGGUGGAGGUGGUGGAGGAGGAGGAAGAGGGGGAUUGUUACAAGGAGGAUAUACUGAUGGGAGACGACCAGGUAGCCGACUUUGCGAGCUCCAUGAUGGCAGCCAUCUCCUGCUGGCACUAUAGGGCGAGGGCUUUGCUUUCUGCUCCCUUCACAACGGAUGUCCAGAACAUGGAUGCUGAGAACAUGGAUGCGGCAGAAGAGCAGGACUCUCGCACGGGCGAUGUGCUGGAGACCUCCACUCAGGAUGUACCCAGUGAGAAGGCGGAGGACAACGUUCACUAUGCCCAGGUAAAGGUGGAGGAGCCCUCCUCUCCACGACGUGAGGAGGAACCGGAGGUGGACAGCAUGCUCAUGGAGGUGAACCACUCCCACUUACCCGAGUCUCCCACCUCCGCCCCUCUGUCGGCGGAGAACCCGGAUCCUGUCCCCGACAUCCAAGAGCACCUAGAGGUGUCUCUGGAGAAUGGAGAGGAGACGGCGGCGGAGAGCGACGGCUCUUGUCUCCCCGGAGACGGCAGCACUCUGAGCUUCGGGGAAUACUCGGAGGAAGACGAGGAGAUGCCCGUCGGGCGCGAGAGUGUCCUGCCUCCGUCGGUGUCGGAUGGGGCCGGCGUGAUCGCCGAGCACCUCACCAGCAGCGGGUGCAGGAGGAGCAGUUUGGUCGCAUCAGAGGACCCUGAACGCUCGGCUGGGCCCUCGCCCCCGCCGGAGGGCCCCCGGCCCCCGGACGAAUCCUCCUUUUGCUCGGAGCUCCGGGAGGAAGAGGCGGACACGUCGGACAACGCGUCCCCAGAGCCGCGGCCGGCUGCCGAGGCCAGCCGACCCGUCGCGCCCGCCGCGCAGGAAGCGGCGCCGCCGGAGGACUCCCUGGACGACGUGGAGCGCCGGUCCACGCUCUCCAAGCAGGACCGCCUGCUCAUCCACAAGAUCAGGAGGUACUACGAGAACCAGGACGCCAGCGCCGGCGUCAAGCGGCGGGAGAGCCUCUCCUACAUCCCGGCCGGGCUGGUCAGGCACCUGAGCAAACAGCUCAACAGCACCCCGCGGGCCGACCCCACCCCCGUGCACAGGAAGGGCUCGUCCCCCAGCCGGCCCACGUCCUGGGCCGUGUUCGACCUCCCGGGCUUGGAGAAGAGGCCCGGCGCCGAGCCCGCCGCUACACCCCGACGCCAGAGGUCGGUCGAGGCCAGACCUUUGCCUCCGAGCGUCGGCGACGCCUCGGCGGCCGACGACGGCGGCUUCAGACCGUCCUCGGACAUGCUCAAGAUGUGGAACGACAUGGAGCUGGGGAUGAACGGCUGCCCCGAGGAGCUGCCCGUCAUCGGUCCGAGCGACGAGGAGAUUCGUCCCGAUCCUGGAUCAGAGCAUCGGAUCUCCGGCCACAUGAGGUCAGAAACGCUGGGCGGAUGCACCAGGGAACGAACAUUGCACAUAUUGGAGGAAUGUGAAGCGGAGCUUCUCUCUGAACACUCUUCCACAUCGGCGACCACGUCACCCCUCACAGGAAGUGAGGGUGAGUACGCGGAGGACCCCUGGCUGAGUACAGCUCCCCGGUGCGGUGGGAACGGCAGGGUGGCCCGCGCCCCGCUGCCCAGGAUCAUUAGCCUUCGAUCGGGCGUGGAGGACGACCAGAUCCUGCAGGACAUGGGGAAGGUGAAGAACAAGGUGUUCCAGCUGGCACGACAGUACAGCCAGCGCAUCAAGAACAACAGGCCUUUAAUCAGGCCGAGGAACCGAGACUCUGAAAACCCACACGGCCUCAAGAGCAUGCCCGCUGUCCACGAGGAGAGCAUGCCAUCCUGGGAAAACGGUGAACACACCCUGACCUAUCCCUUGAACACUUGCGAUCAGGUAAACGCCGUCGAUGAACCCCCGACCCCACCCGCCGACCCAUCCCCGGGGCCCAGCUCCAGGGCCACCACCCCUCAGGCCGUGUCCUCGCCCUCCUCCCCCUCCCGCGCCCCCAGCCUCCCCAGCAGCCCCGUGGACUCGGAGCCCUUCCACUGGCCCGACGUGCACCAGCUGUGCUCCAGGUACACCGGCCCCCGCUCGGGGCCGGGGGCCGGCCCGCCGCUGGUGGGCCGCAGCUGCUCGGUCCCAGAGAGGAUGCUGGAGCUCUGCACCGGCGGGCCGGGGAGGCCGCCAUGGAGCCCUACAGCCACACAACCUCUAACUCCUCGUCCGCCUUGGGACUCGGCCGAGGGCCAGUGGGGCGGGGGGGCGCAGCGGAGGGGGAGUCCCACGAGGGAGGGCGGGGGGUCCCGGCUGGGGCCCCGCCUGCUGUGCAGGUGGGGCUCCCUGGACAGCGUGCCGGCGGCGGCCAGCCGGCCCCUCCACGAGCUGCAGAACCUCCAGGACCCGGUGAGGCCCGGCCACGGGACGCUGCCCGCCCAACACAAGGUCAAGGAAGGGACGACCGCAGGAAGUGAUGUCUGUCUCAAGGAAGCCCAGCACGGCGUCUUCAAGAGGCCCGCAGCCCCGCACGGGAACAAGAAGACGGAGAAUAGGAUCGUGAGGAACCUGCGGGAGAAGUUUCAGAGCUUGGGUUCCGGUUCGUGAGCCCUGUUGUGUUUGUUUGUGUCUAAGGACUAUCUUGCAGCAAUGCUUACUUUCUGUUGACAGCCAUGGGACAAUCAUGCAGACGUUAUGUGCCUUACUCUGCCAUUUUUCACUUUUUGUCAUGGAAUUCGAUUUUGUACUGCACAAUCAAUCGUUGUCAAGUUCCUAUAGUGGACACUGGGUGACAUUUUUUUAUUUUUGCUAUCACCAAAAUGUAAUAUAAAAGGGAUAUUUUGUUAAUUGGUACACUGCUACAAACAGCCGUAUGUAUAUUUUCCUUGACAUUGUGUAAAUGCUAUAUUUACCUUCAGGUUUUUGCAUACACUGUAAAAUGCAAUCUUUAUAUAAAGUCAUGUUGUUUGCCGUACAAAUUGAAAGUAAUGUUCAGUACAUUGCAGGGUUGUUGUAAAGCAUAAUCCCACUUGUAUUAUUACAGUAAGUCUAAUGUUAUGGAUAUAAUUGAAGGAUUUCAUGCUGAGUAUGCAUAAUUAUGCCAUUCCACGAAAACAAAGAAAGACUGAUCCCCUGGCCAUGUAACUACUGUAGUGGAACACAAUAGAGUUAUCAUUACAGCAGCUCAUCACAGGUGGGGGGGACGGACAGCCUUUCUACAGACUUAUUUGCCUCAGACGUUAAGCUCCUUUUACCAGGACUGUUUUCAUAUCCUCACUGGAGCUCUUGAGCCUCAAUGACUUGUAUAUUUUUGCCAUGUUAUUUAUGAAGAUGUAUACUUUAAACGAAAAGUUAUCAUUUAAAAAAAUGCGAAGUUGCUUUUUCUUUUCAUCAACUCAUAAAAUGCAUUGAAUGAAAACAAAAUCUGGGAUAAAUACUUGACAAUAUAUACUCAACAAAUUA